AAUAUUGCAUUUAUAUAACUCAUUUGUAAAAAAUGUAAUAUCAAUGUUAAUCACAAACUCUCUAUAAUGUAGCCAGUAUUAGUAUCCAUUACUAAUGGAUAUUAUGCAAUUCCUUCUCCAAGGAAAUCUGUGCAAAGCCUGUCAUAAAUUAAUGGCAAAGAAGGAUUUGAUUUCAGCUGUUAUUCUUAAAUCCUAACUCAUUUAGCCAGAUUUAGAUUUGUGUCCAGAAAAGCCCUCAGUGGCCUAAAUUAUCCAGAAGCCGGUUUGCUUUGACAGGUAGGCAAGAUUUUGUCCUUAAUUCAGGUUACAGUGAGUUGUUACAAACAAUUAUUGCAAUUAUCCUAUUUCACUUAACAGAAAUUUUAGGUUCAAUUGCGGUCUUAAGUGGAGGACUUCCUGUAGUUUACAGCAGUGUUUCUCAACCUUGGCAACUUUAAGACAGAUGGAUCUCAAUUCCCAGAGUUCCCUGGCUGCACCUAAACGACCGUGCAACCACACCCACAGUUCAGGUUUUGUCUACAAGUGUCAAAAGAGAUAUUAAUUAGGCCCGCAAAUACGCACCCAGGUUGCACCUUAACUUAAAAGGCUGCAGUUCUGCAGCAGAUGGCAGCAUCCAGCUGACCUUCAAUACUAUGCAGGGUCACAAGGAACGACUCCUCGAAUCUAGGAUCACCAGGAAAGCCCAGGCAUGUAGACUAGCCGGGGAAGAGAGAACGGAAACAACAGCCGGCCCCUCCGCAGCGCUGCCAUUGUCAAGGAAACGACCAUUUGCGCCUCUGCAGAGUUACCAGUAGGACUCCACGGGAUGGUCACCUGGGCCUUUCGAAACAGGCCGGUACUCCUAUUGAGCUCAGCUAGGCUGACUUCAAUCCGGCCACCCCCCUCCCCAAACCUCAUCCCCCCAAAGAGGCAGAGGCCUAUUUUUACGAAGUCCUGCAGAACCGAGAGAAAUCCCGGCCUUACGCGUCCAGGAAGAGAACGAAGCGGCGGCUCCGGCAGGGGGCGCUGUGCGGGGUCUCCUUGCCCUGUCGGCUUUGACCCAUCCCGGCCGCCUUAGUAGGAGCUCCCGGCCCGGCCGUCGCCGAGGCUGCUCGGCCUCCAGAGGGGAUUCAGCGGAGCGGCUGCUCUCCUGAGGCCAGGCGCGUCGCCCAGGCAACCGCUUGCUCCCUCCCCGCCAGGAACCAUGUUCACCAGCACGGGCUCCAGCGGGCUGUAUAAAGCACCUCUGUCAAAGGGUCUAUUAAUAAUACCAAGCACCUUCUCAUUACUGCUGGCUCUACUUUUUCAGCAUUAUCAAAAGUUCUUUACCUACAAUCUGCAAGCAGUAAAAGAGGAAUUUCAGAUUUGGAGGUUGCUCUGUGGACGAACAGUGUGUCUUGAUCUUAAAGACACUUUCUGCAGUAGUUUACUUAUCUACAACUUCAGAAUAUUUGAAAGGCGAUAUGGCAGUAGAAAAUUUUCAUCAUUUUUGUUGGGCUCCUGGAUGCUAUCAGUGAUGUUUGAUUUUGUCCUGGUAGAAGCUAUUGAAUAUUCUUUUGGCUUCAACAUCAGCAGCUUACCUUCAGGAUUCUUGGGGCCUGUAUUUGCUCUUUUUGUUCCAUUUUAUUCUUCCAUUCCAAGAGUACAAGUGACACAAAUUCUAGGACAAUUUUCCAUCACAAACAAGACGCUGGUUUAUAUAUUGGGUUUGCAGCUUUUAACCUCUGGGUCUUACAUAUGGAUUGUAGCUUUAAGUGGCCUGAUUUCUGGAAUGUGCUACAGUAGUAGUCUUUUAAAAGUGUACCACAUACUUUCUGUGCCCUCUGGCAUAGCAAGGAUAUUUGCUCAAACUCUUGAACCAAUUUUCUCAUCGGCGGAGCCCUCUAAUGAAUUUGGAGUUGGAAUGGGAGCAACUAUUGAUAUACAGAGGCAACAGCGGAUGGAGCUACAUGAUCGACAGAUCUUGAUUUCUCAGGUUGCUCAGAUGAGGCGACAAAGACAAGGUGGAAUGGUUAAUUGGAAUCGUUUCUUUCCUCCUUUACGUCACCGACCUAAUGCAAAUUAUUUGGAUAAUCACCCAACUGUGCAUGAGGGACAGCCUCCAGCUCAAGUUUCUGAAGAACAGGUUGCCCGGCUCAUGGAAAUGGGAUUUUCUCGAGUAGAUGCUUUGGAAGCUUUGAGAGCUUCUAAUAAUGAUCUUAAUGUAGCCACCAACUUUUUGCUGCAGCACUGAUGAAUUGAAUACCUGCAGGGAAGAACUUAAAUUGACGUGUGUCGUGUGCUUUUCAGAGGGCUGUAAACAACUACAGGGUGGACAUUGAAUGUUUAAAUCAAGAAAAAGAAGCUGCCUCUUCACAUGCAAUAUAUUACUGCAGAAAAGAUGGCUGGCACUGGAAAUAUCUUUCCCUUGAAUGGAGUAUACUAGCCAGGUUGCACUGGAAAAGUGUUUGCAAUCAUAAACAUAUGUUAUAUAUCAAUAUUUAUUUUGCAAAAUCGGGUUUAUGUGUUGCCCCUACCCCCAAAAUCAGCAUGAAAUGUUUCAUCAUUUCUGAUAACAAAGAAAUAAGAAUUUUUCUUCUUAAAAUAACUCAGUUUUCAUAUAUAUAUAUAUAUAUAUAUAUAUAUAUAUAUAUAUAUAUAUAUAUAUAUAUAUAAUUUAUAUAUGGCCAACAAAGCAGCAUUUCAUUUUCUUAUUUUUUUAAAAAAUACUACAUUUCAUUCAUCUGCUUUAUCAAAGCUUCAAGAAAUGUGCAAAAUUCCUUGGCUGUGUAAUUUCAAUAAAGGGAGAAAGGACUGAAAUCUUGUAUUCAGGAGAUUCUAUUCAUAUUUUUUUUAAGGAUUGGAGAGAGCACACAAAGCAUGGCUUCUGGAAUUUUUUUCAACCCCUUUACAAGCAGUGUUUAUGUAUGGCCUAUGGAGCAUGAGGCAGGCUACAUCUGAUCUACAUUAGUUCAUGUGACCGGGAGAGAAAAGGGAAUAAAAAAGUUUAGCAAAGAGCAAAUAGUAACUUUCUAGGCUGUUGUCCAACUUCCUCUCUUGUAAGUAUGCAUUUGGACAAUCUCCCUAGCCAUCUCCAAUGUUUGAACUCGGUCUAACUUUGAUCAGUAUCCCUGCCUUGGACAAGGUCCCUUCCAGCACUAUGAUUUCUGAAGGCAAAAUUGGUCUCGUUCCACUCAGUUUUGGAGAGCUUUCUCACUGACAAUAGGCAGAUAAGUAGACUCCUGAGCUCCUUUAUGUACUUUCUUUCCAAAAUAGGACAGAAUAAAAAAAUGAAUGGAGGAUGAAAAUAGAUAAAUAAAAAGGGAAAGGCAGGAAAAGUGCACUUAUAAAAGAAAGGACAAGAAAGGGAUUGUGAUAGGAUAGAAAGAUCUAAACCCCAUUCAUAUAAAGAAAGACUAAAGACUUCAGGAAUGUUUUGCUGAGGGGAGAUGUGAUAGCGCUAUGAAAUGGUGCCGCUGCAUUCCAGACCAUUUGCAGUUUCUAAGUAGUCUUUAUGGGGAAUUGUUUCAGAAGAUUAACUGGAUGGUAACGAGGGCAUGAGUUGUUGUAACUUGGUCCUCCUGCAUUGCAAGGUAGCAAUUGGCACAUCAGCUAGCAGAGAGCCCUCUCACCAGGACUUCCACCUAUUCAAUCAGGAGCCAUGAGUCCAGAAGAACUCAUAAAUUGUGAACUUGUCUUUCAUGGGUAAUGGUUGCUCAUCCAGAGGUAACAUUGAUGUCCACAGAUCAGUCACUGAAGGUGUUGAUAGAUCUCCCCAACAGUGAUGAUACUGCUGCACUUGAAGCUUUUGGAUGACUUCUCCCAGUAGUUUCAUAAAACUUUAGAGAGUAUGAGAGAGGACCAACCCCUGUAGAAUCUGACAUUACGAUACCCCCCUUUUCCCCAGCAUAGACUAAAACCACCCAGUGAAGAAGGAGCAGUUUAUAUUGUAAAACAGUAUUGGAAAUUCUUUAUUCCAUUUAUUUUCUUUUCAGGGUAGGUUCUUAAUCAGUUUCCCUGAAUAGAAAUAUCUAUUUCUUGUUAGUAAACUCAGAUGUACAUGCCACAGUUAAAACCAGAAUAUAUAUAUAAAAAGUCUUUCUAUAGAAUGAGAACUGAAAAACAACCCAUAGAAUCGCUUCAUACCGUUUUUCAGAUAAUUUUUCUUUUGUGUUUUUUUAGAUGCUUUGGUUGAUACAACCUUUACGUUGUUCAGAUUUUGUCGCGAUAACCUUUCAGAUUCAAAGCCUAUUACGUAGUCUCUUCUAAAGAUAAGACAUGCAAUUUUAAAAUCAUACUUUAAGCAUGCUUUUGCAAAGUUAGAUUUAUAGCAAAAGUAAUAUAGCUGAGAAAAUGAGAACAAAAGAGUGAAUUUUACAAAGUCCCCAUCAAGAAGGUUACAGGAAAACGUGUCUUUUUAAAAUUUAAGAAUCAGCUGUGAAUAAUCUUUGAAUAAUCAUCUGUGAAUAAUCUUUAAGAACUUGUGAACCCACCAGUUACAUUCUUUGAGGGUAUGGCUUUAAAUACUCUUUGAUCUUCUGUUGACUCUUCUGUUGAUUUCCCUAGAGAAGUUUCAGGGAAUUUUCACUCUAGGUUAGGAAAAAGGCUCAUAAAACUGUUGGCAUUUUUUGUCCUUUCUUAUCUUUGUUCAUUCUUUCUAUUUUUAUAGACGUUAUGCACUGCCAGAUUUUGUUUGGAUUUUUUAUUGGUGCCUCUGCUAUUUAUCCUUUGGGACAAUCCUCCCAUCUUCCCCCAUUUCCUAGUUAGGGCACUUGUAACAGUUCUCUGCUUGAGAAUAAUCAUAGUUUGCAUUUUCACUGUUUGAGACACAAUUAUUUGGCAGAUUGUUUCAAUUGAUUGUUAAUUAUUACUGAUAUCACUGCAUUUAGAUUUUUUUCUGAUUUCUGCAAAAAAAAAAAUUCUUUCCUUGACUGUCUUACGCCCAGUUAAGGUCUCACCACAAGCUAUUUGCAGCAUUCACACAAAUUCUCCCCCCAAGCCAUUUGCAGACUGCUGUUGGAUGCAUAGGAUAUUUGUUCUACAGUAGUUACAAUUUUAGAUGUUCUUGGAAUUACUUUGGUGGGAUUUCUGUUGACCACAGAAGCUUCCGAUCUCUUUGAUUCUGUUAGAUGUGCUGAUUGGCACUAAAAAAAAGCCUGUGAAGUAUCUAAAAACAUCUAAAUCAGACCAAACUAAAAAAAUGUUAAUUGUAGUCAGAACACUAUUUUUCAUUAUUUUUUUCAUUGCAACAGGUAUACGUCUAAAGAACAAAAAGAAAGUAGUAAAAAGAAA